AUGGCGACCACAACGGCAAGCGCCAUUAAGAGCGGUCGUCCUCCAAUCCUUCCUAAGGACUUCUCCGCUCAACAGCCCGAGACCAUUCGCCUUUACCCGCUGUCCAAUUACACCUUCGGAACCAAAGAAACUCAACCCGAGGAAGAUCCAUCUGUGCUCGCUCGUCUGAAGCGUCUGGAAGAACAUUAUGAUAUUCAUGGAAUGCGCCGAACCUGCGAGGGAAUCUUGGUCUGCCAUGAACACAACCACCCCCAUGUCCUGAUGCUCCAGAUUGCCAACGCUUUCUUCAAGCUGCCAGGCGAUUACCUGCACCAUGAGGAUGAUGAGGUUGAGGGAUUCAAAAAGCGAUUGAACGAGCGCCUAGCUCCUGUGGGUUCUCAAUUCUCUGGUGAAGGUGUCAACGAGGAUUGGGAAAUCGGCGACACUCUCGCUCAAUGGUGGCGACCCAACUUUGAGACCUUUAUGUAUCCAUUCCUGCCCGGUCACGUUACGCGCCCUAAGGAGUGCAAGAAGUUGUACCUUAUUCAGCUUCCCAAGAAGAAGGUUCUCUCCGUACCCAAGAACAUGAAGCUGCUGGCGGUUCCCUUGUUUGAGCUGUACGACAACACAGCCCGUUACGGACCUCAGCUCUCUGCUAUCCCGCAUCUCCUCUCCCGAUACAACUUCGAAUUUGUCGACGAAAAUGAUAAUGUUGUUGCUGUUACCCCUGGCACUCCCCUCGACGGCCACCAGAUCCCUCGCACCAUUGUUCUUGCUGGGGGCGAUGAUGGUCAGGAUACCGGAAUGAUCGAUAUUGGGGCGGAAGGAGAGAAGGGCCAUUAG